AUGGGAGAUCCUUUUCUCAUGCAGCAAUGGCCUCAUGUAGACUCCAUUGGCAACCUUAGCUCCAUCUCCACAAAUUCAACAUUCUCCGAAAAUUAUAAUAUAGACAAUAAUCAAUCUUAUUAUAAUUAUAAUAAUAAUAAUAAUAACACGAUGAGCUCCCAUCAACCGGUGCUCGACUUUAAUAACAUUAGACCGUCAAAACAGCUCAAAAUUGUGAAAGAUGACGGUUUUUCAUACUCUCCCCCUUCAGAUAGUGUUAAUUUGGUCAACUCAGGGCUUCUGGAGCCGAAAGAGGAAAUUUGGUAUAAUUCUUCAGGUGGGGCCCUCAAUUUCUCUUCUCCCGAGUCCAUUAUCUCGACUGGGAGCCAAAAUCACGUGGUGAAGAGAGGGAGCACGGGAGCUAACGGUAGCCGGCUUCCACAGGAUCAUAUUAUGGCUGAGAGGAAAAGGAGGGAAAAACUUAGCCAGAGAUUUAUUACACUGGCCACUCUUGUUCCUGGGUUGAAAAAGAUGGACAAAGCCUCUGUUCUUGGUGAUGCAAUCAACCACAUAAAACAACUCCAAGAAAAAGUGAAGGCCCUUGAGGAGCAAACCAGAAAGAAGAGUACAAUAGAGUCUAUGGUUUUGGUGAGAAAAUACGAAGUCACGUGCGCGGCCCACAGUAGCAGCGAGAACUCUACCACGGACGAGCAGAGCAUCUCGAGUGGGCCCACGAGUACAGAAUCUUUCCCAGAGAUCGAGGCUCGGUUUUGCGACCGAGAUGUCCUCAUCAGCAUUCACUGUGAGAAGAGAAAAGGAGUUCUUGAAAAAACAGUGGCUGAGAUUGAAAAACUCCAUUUAUCAGUUGUUAACAGCAGUAUCAUGAGCUUUGGAGAUUCAGCUCUCAAUAUCACAGUUGUUGCACAGAAGGAUGACGAGUCGGAUAUGUCGAUGAAGGACUUAGUGAAGAAUUUACGAGACGCGCUCAAGAUAUUCGUGUGAAAAAUCGAAGUUGUUGAAUCAAUUGAAGGGGAAUGAAUUGAAGCUUUAAUGUUUGACUUGUGUUUUGCUAUGGGAAUCAUUUUUUGGAGAAGGGUUUUUUUUCGACAUUUUUUGGCAUGGUCUGAAAUAAGUUUUUUGGCCAUGUUUAAGAUUUUUUAUCCUUCUGUUGUAAAGUGACUUACCUCAUAGCUCUGUUAGGUUUUUUUCAUUGGGUGGAUUAGACAUGGAAAUUUGGAGAAGAAAUAUGUGGUGUUUAAUUUGGAGGUAUUUCAGACUGUUUUGCUGAAGCUUCUUUUCUUUGUCAAUUGUCAUAGAUGUCAUCUGCUGUUAUUUGUAAUUUGUGUGUUUGUUAUUUAUUAUUUUCUUUUCGAGUUUUCAA